AUGCCCCCCUCCCCACUUGGUGCGCUGGCACGGAGGGCACAAACACGCGUGCUGGGUGUGCAGGGGUGGCAGAGGCGUGUGCCAGGCGCUGCCGAGAGGCCAGGGCACGGCAGGGCCCCGCCGUGCCACCGUCUGCGGCCAGCGCAGGCUAUUUUUAGCUGUGACAUGUGUCACCUCAGCUGCCGUGCCGGGGGGCGGUGUGAGGAGCGCUCGCCGCUGCCCUGCUGCCGCCGCUGCCCUGCUGCCGCCGCUGCCCCUCCGCCGCCUUCGCUCUCCGCUCGCCGUGUCCCGCACGGGUGGCACCGCCUGGUGCCCGCCUGUGCCCGCAGCCCCCCGGUCCAGCUGCCCCCCGCCCGGAACGGGGCACGGGCAGGCUCCUGCGGCCACCCUGCGCCGCCCAGCACAGGGCGGAGGGGUCCCAGCGCCGCCCCGGUGCCCACCGACGCCUCGCAGCGCCGCAUCUCCUGGCACCUCGCCGUGCCGCGGGCUGCAGGUGGCCGCUCGAUCAGGGACGAGGACAGAGGACCACCCCCAUCCACCCCUCCCCUGCUCCUCUCGGUCAUCCCUGGGGGGUUCAUCAAGCAGCUUGUGAGGGAGACUGAGAAGGAGGCCAAGGAGGCCAAGCUGAAGAGGGAGACCAAGGCUGGGGUGAAAGAGGAGGCAACAGCACCAGGAGUAGCUCUUGGCAGGAGGGGGUGGGUGGGUGGAUGGGAUGGCUGUAAGGGGGAGAAGAAGGAGGAUGAUGAUGCCACCACUGACUGCAACCACGCAGCCAGGUCUGGGCAGCCACCUGCAGCUCUUGGCCAUACCCAGAGCAACUGGAUCAGGGCUGGAGUUCCAUGUCCUGCCAGGCUGUGCUUGGCACAGGCACCCCACACUGGGCUGCAGCCUCCGGGAGCUGGGGUGGGGUCGGGGCCUUCACCCUCUCCCUGUUGGCUCCAGCUCCUCUCCUUUGCUUGGCAGCCCACGGGGGAGGACAGCAAGCCCCGACCUGGAGUGGCUGCAGCUGCUGGAGGAGAAGUGAGCAGCAAGGUGCAGCAGCUGCAAAACGGACUGAAAGCAGAGGGGCAGGGCAGCAAAGGGGUCCUGGGCCUCACACGUAAGGAGCUGCCAGCUGGGAGGGCUUCACCAGGGGCCACCCCCAGCAAAGCCCCAUCCCCUGCACCCAGCUCAGCAGCAGCUGCUCCCAAACCGGCAGAGACCCUGCGGCUGGAGGCUCCUAAGGCAGCCAAGUCAGCGUGUCCUGAGAAGAGCUCCAAGGGCCCCUGCCUGGGGGGCAGCCCCUCAGCUGCAGCCCCUGAGAAGACCUCCAAGGACUUUCACUCAGAGAGCAGCCCCCCAGCUGCAGCCCCCGAGAAGACCUCUAAGGAUCUCCACUCAGAGAGCAGCCCCCCAGCUGCAGCCCCCGAGAAGACCUCUAAGGAUCUCCACUCAGAGAGCAGCCCCCCAGCUGCAGCCCCUGAGAAGACCUCCAAGGACCCCAGGCUGGGUGGCAGUCCCCCAGCUGUAGCCCCUGAGAAGAGCCAUAAGGACCCUGGCCCAGGGAGCAAACCUCUAACUCCAGCUCCUGAGAAGACCCCCAAAACCCCCCACUCAGGGAGCAGCCCUCCAGCUUCAGCCCCUGAGAGGAGCUCCAGGGAUCCCCUCUUGAAGGGCAGUCCCCCAGCUGCAGCCCCUGAGAAGACCUCCAAGCACCCCUGCCCAGGGAGCAGCCCUGCAGCUCCAGCCCCUGAGAAGAGCUCCAAGGACCCUGUCCUGGGGCACAGUCCCCCAGCUGCAGCCCCCACACCCAGCAAAGGCCCCCAGAGCUGCAGCAAACUCCUGGUGAAGGAGGGGGACCUGCUGAAAGGGACAGGUCCUGAGAGCAGCAAGAAGAAAGGGGCACCCCCAGGGCACAAGGAGCCCCCAUCCAAGGCAAGAUCCAAGAAGGAGCUGGGAGCAGCCAAGAAAGAGCCAGAGAAUAUGAAGAAAGAUGUUGGAGGUGGGAAGAAGGAGCCAAAGGAAAUCAGAAAGCCUGGAAAGACUGCAGAGAAAGCAGAGGGGCUCAAAGAGGAGCCAGGAGGGAUCCAAGGGAAGUCAGAAGAGGUGACAAAGGAGGCUGGAAAGGUGAAGGAAGAAGCAGGAGAGGACAAAAAGGCACCAGGAGAGAGCAAAGAGAUGGAGGAGAGUAUGGACACAGAGCAGGAUGCUUGGUACGAAGCGGAGAAGGUUUGGCUGAUCCAGGAGGAUGGAUUCACCCUGGCCACGCAGCUGAAGCCAGACGUGGGGACAGCGGAGCCGGCAGCAGGCAGGGUGCGGGUGCGGCGCGAUGGGGACGGCAGCGUGGCGGAGGUGGACGAGGACAGCGUGCAGAGGACCAACCCCUCCAGCUUGGACCUGGCCGAGGACCUGGCCACACUGCUCAGCCUCAACGAGUGCAGCGCCCUGCACACGCUGCGGCAGCGCUACCGAGCUCGCCUGCCGUACACCUACGCCGGGCCCAGCCUGGUGGCCAUCAGACCCAGCUUCGCAGCCACCAGCGGCUCGGGCAAGGUGCCCAGGGGCAAGCGGGGUGGCACAGCCCCACACAUCUGCUCGGUGGCACUCAGAGCCUACAGGAAGAUGCUGCUGCUACGGCAGGAGCAGGCCAUUGUGCCCCUGGGACGCAGUGGGGCUGGCAAGACCUCAUGCUGCCAGAGUGCUCUGGAGUACCUGGUGGGCAUGGCGGGCAGCGUGGAUGGCACGGUCUCAGUGGAGAAGAUCCAGGCCAUGUUCACCAUCCUGGGAGCCUUUGGGUCCGUGACCACCAGCUCCAGCAGCAGCUCCACACGCUUCUCCAUGCUCCUGUCGCUGGAUUUCAAUGCCACUGGCCAGAUAACUGCUGCUCACCUCCAGACCAUGCUGCUGGAGAGGUCUCGCAUCGCCCAGCAGCCCCAGGGAGAGAGCAACUUCAACAUCUUCCCCAUGCUGCUGGCAGGGCUGGAUGUGGCACAGAGGACAAUGCUGCACUUGCACCAGGUGGCUGAGAGCAAUUCCUUUGGGAUCAAGCCAUGCUCCAAGCCUGAGGAGAAGCAGAGAGCCUCGGUGGCAUUCACCCAGCUGCAGGCUGCCAUGGGCACGCUGGGCAUCACGGCAGAGGAGCAAGUGGGCAUUUGGCGUGUCUUGGCUGGCAUCUACCACCUGGGAGCUGCUGGGGCCUGUAAAGUUGGCAGGAAGCAGUUCAUGAAGUUUGAGAGCGCGAGCAAGGCGGCAGAGGUGCUGGGCUGUGAGCUGGAGGAGCUCACCACUGCUGUCUUCAAACACCACCUGAAGCAGAUCCUGGCGCAGGUCGCGGCGCGAGGCCACCGGCACCCCCCGGCAGACGACAGCCAAGCAGGACCAAAGAUGACAGGUGUGGAGUGUGUGGAGGGGAUGGCUUCUGGUCUCUACGAAGAGCUCUUUGCUGUGCUUGUCUCACUCAUCAACAGGUCUUUCUCCUCCCAGCACCUCUCCAUGGCCUCCAUCACAGUGGUGGACACUCCUGGCUUCCACAACCCGCGGCACCGGCGGGAGGAGCGAGCAGCAACGUUUGAGGAGCUCUGCCACAACUAUGUGCAGGAGAGGCUGCAGGCUCUCUUCUAUGAGAAGACCUUCCUCCUGGAGAUGGAGAGGUACAGAGAGGAGAAUGUUGAGGUGUCUUUUGAUCUUCCAGAGCGCUCUCCACUGGCCACGCUGUCCAUCAUCGACCUGAGCUCCUCACAGCCACAGGUGCUGCCCAGCAGCCCCGGGGCCAAUCACAAGGGGCUGCUGUGGAUCCUGGAUGAGGAGGUUCUGAUCCCAGGCUCCGGGGACAGCGCUGCCUUCGACCGCCUCUGCUCCUACUUCACCACGAAGGAACCUGACCAGGAGGGGGACAGCUGCAUCCGGAGGUGUGAGCAGGCUCUGCAGUUUGAGAUCUGCCACCAGCUGGGCACUGACCCUGUGCGCUACGACCUGACAGGCUGGGUCAGCAAAGCCAAGUUCAACCUCUCUGCCCAAAAUGCCAUCCACCUGCUGCACAGCUCCACCAGCUCGGCAGUGAAGCAGCUGGUGGAGCCGCGCUGGCAGGCACCGCUGCCCUGCCGCACCCUGGCAGGGCUGGAGGGGCGCUCCCAGGCUGCCCUGCACCGCAACGCCUGCCUGAGGAAGACCUUCGCCAGCAGCUUCGCCGCCGUCAAGAAGAGGUCGGUGUGCGCCCAGCUCAAGCUGCAGGCGGAUGCUCUCACCAACCUUCUCCGACGAUCCCAGCUGCACUUUGUCCACUGCCUCCUGCCUGGCCCAGGGAUGGAGGGGCUUGUCCCUCAUCCCCCCACAGCACCUGAUGCAGCCCCACAGCUGGAUGUGCCAACUCUGCGAGCUCAGCUGGAGGGGACCCAGCUCCUGGAUGCUCUUCGCCUCCACCGCAUUGGGUAUGCAGAUCGCCUGCUCCUGACCCAGUUCUGGCGGCGCUUCCAGGUGCUGGCUCCAGACGUGAUGAAGAAGCACAUCUCUGCCUAUGAGGUGCCAAAUGAGAGCAAGGCUAUAGAGGAGCUCUUCCAGGCACUGGAUCUGGAGAAGAAGAGCGUUGCCAUAGGACGUAGCCAGGUUUUCCUGAAGCCAGGAGUCAUCUCCAGGCUAGAGAAGCAACGUGACAAGCUGAUAGCCAGGAACAUGAUCCUGCUCCAGGCUGCCUGCAAAGGCUUCCUCAGCCGCCAGAAGUUCAAGAGGUUGAAGGUCCAGCGCCUUGCUGUCCGCUGCAUCCAGAAGAACCUGGUGGUCUUCCAGUUGGUCAGGCACUGGUCCUGGUGGCAGCUGCUGAGCCGUGUGAGACCUCUGCUCAGUGUUAACCUGGCAGAUGAGCAGCUCCAUGCCAAAGAAGAGGAGCUGGCGGCGCUGAGAAAGAAGCUGGAGAAAUCUGAGCAGGCUUGCAGCGAGCUCAGGCAGAACACAGAGAAGCUGGAGAGCAAGAUCAUCGACCUGACGACAGAGCUGUCAGAUGAGAGGUACAAAGGUGAUGUCACCUGCCAGGCCCUGGAUGGGGAGCGGGCAGAGAGGCUGCGAGGUGCCCGUGAGCUGCAGGAGCUGCAGAGCAAACAUGACCAAGUGCAGAAGAAACUGGAGUCAGUGGAAAAGCAACUGGAGGAGGCCCAGCAGCUGGUUCAGUUGCGUGAGAUGAAGAUAAGUGGCUCUGGAGGAGAGGACGAGUGGCAGGUGCGGUUUGACUGCGCGCAGACGGAGAUCUCCUUCCUGCGGAAGAGGCUGGCACAGCUGGAGGAGCGCCUGGAGUCUGAGCUGGGAGCCAAGGCAGGGCUGGAGCAAAAGCUGGCCGAGGCGCAAGCAGGCUGGGAGGCAGCCAGGAAGGCGCUGCAGCAGCUGCGGCGGCGGUGCCGGCGCCUGCUGUGUGAGCUGGAGGACGCUCGAGUGCAGGCUGAGAACCUGCAGACCCGCGGCCACGAGCUGGAGAAGAGGCAAAAGAAAUUCGACCUGCAGUUAGCCCAAGCCCUGGGGGAAUCUGCCUUUGAGAAGAGCCUCCGUGAAAAAGUGUCACAGGAGAACACCAGCAUCCGCUGGGAGAUGGGCAAACUGCAGCAGAGCUUGGAGCAGAAGGAGGCAGAGGUGGCCAGCCUGGCACAGAGGCUGAGCCUGCUGUCCAGCCGGCUGCAGGAGCUCAGCACCCCCAGUGCCCUGGAUGCCCACAGCGUGCCCACGCUCAAGAAGCAGCUCUGGGAGCUGGAGGCCAGCGCUGGCGAGCAGCGGAAGGAGCUGGAGCGGCAAACGGCUGCUGUCGAUCACCUGGAGCAGCUCCAUCUGAGGCUGGAGCUGGAGAUAGAGCGGAUGAAGCAGAUGCAGCAGAAGGAGCUGGAGGACAAGGAGGAGGAGCUGGAGGACGUGCGGCAGUCCUGCCAGAAGAGGCUCCGGCAGCUGGAGAUGCAGCUGGAGCAGGAGUAUGAGGAGAAGAAGAAGGUGCUACGUGAGAAGCAGGACCUGGAAGGGCUCAUUGGCACCUUGUGUGAGCAGAUUGGCCACCGAGACUUCGACGUGGAGAAGCGGCUGCGGCGGGACCUGCGGCGCACCCGGGCUCUGCUGGCUGACGUCCAGCUGCUGGUGACAGCCCCUGGAGAGCCUGCUGCCAGUGCCCAGGAGCUGCAGAAGCUGCACAAGCAGCUGGAAGAGAGUGAAGCCAAAUGUGCUGAGGCCCAGAGGUGCCAGCAGACAGCAGCCCUGCAACUGGAGAACUUACAGACAGAGCUGGAGACCCUCAACAGAAACAAGAGCUUGGUGGAUGAGCAGCUGUACCAGCUGCAGCACGAGAGAGCUGACCUCCUGAAGCGCAUCGAUGAGGACCAGGAAGACCUGAACGAGCUCAUGGCCAAGCACAAAGCUCUGAUUGCCCAGUCGGCGACAGAUAUCGCUCAGAUCCGGGAGCUGCAGGCACAGGUGGAGGAUGUGAAGAAAGAAAAGCAGAGCCUUCAGGAGAAGCUGCAGGCAGCAGAGGCACGAGCAGCACAUCUGGAGCAGUGCCCGGCCGAGCGCUCCAUCGUCAGCCGGCAGGAGGCUCGCAUCCGCGACCUGGAGAGCCAGCUGGACUUCCAGGCAGUGCAGAUGAAGCGCUUCGAGGUGCUGGUGCUGCGCUUGCGAGACAGCAUCAUCAAGAUGGGUGAGGAGCUGGAGAAAGCAGCUGAGUCGGAGGCACGGGAGAAGGAAAACACCAGGUACUACCAGAGGAGGAUGGAGGAGAUGAAGGCUGCCAUGGAUGACCUGGUGCAAAGGGAGCUGGAGUCCAGCCGCCGGCGUGUGGAGCUGGAGCAGCAGGUGGCAGAGCUGGCAGCCGUGCGGCAGGUCCUGCAGGCAGACCUGGGCACCUCCAUCCGCCGCAUCGCUGACCUGCAGGUGGCCCUGGAGGAGCUGCGCUCCAGCGACGACAGCGAUGCCGAGAGCGUGAGGACGACGAGGGAGUCGCUGUGCUCCGGGAGAGAGACGGAUGCCUGCUCCAGCGUGGGCUCUGUGCUCAGCCUGGAGCCUGCAGAGAGCAUCAGGUCCUGGACAGGGUCGUCUGUGGGUACCAGCAUGGCUGGGAGCAUCUCAGCACAGUCCAUUGGCAGCCACAGCACCCAGGGACCAAGGGUGAGCAGAGACAGCAAGGAGCCAUCCCCGAGCCGGCUGCCUGCUUCCCAUGGCACUGCCAGGUCCAGUGAGGCUGCAGGUCUGGGCAGGGUGGCGAGUCCUUCACUUGGCGCCAGGAGACGGGAGUAUGGAAACCCCCCAGCAGCCCAAGAGGAGCUGGAGAGCCCCAGAAAGCCUGGGGAGAGGCUGGGAGAGAUGUCCCCAUCGCUGCUGCGCCGAGGGGCAUCCCCUGCUUCGGAUGGGAGGUUCCCCAGCCCGGCGCCGCCGCCCGUGCCAAGCAGAAGACGUCUCUCUCCGGCAGCAGGGACGGUGCCCAGCUCCUCAGCUGCCCUCUCAGAGUACGUGGGGGAGCUGCGGCGGCAGCCGGGGUCCCCCUCGCUGGGUGACAGCUCUGCCCUGCCCAUCUACCGCACCACCGGUGCCGCAGCGCUGCGGCGCGCCAGGGCUGCCCCGGCAGCCGAGGAUUCCCCGGGCAAGGCGGAUGGGAGUCAGCUGAAGGAUGGGGGAGGACCAGACCCCAGCCCGGUGCGCUCCUCCAGCCUGCGGAGCGUGGUCCCCGAGCCAGCCGAGCCUGCUGGCUCCCCGGCGCUGAGCAGAGCAGCCAAAUUCGGCUCCUACGACUCCCUCCUGCAGAGUUUCGACGGCUCCGGGCGCCGGCCGAGCUCUCCUGGAGGGGAAGUGCUGGGUGCGCCCCGGCUGAGCUCCUGGAGAAGCUACCUAGAGCCGUCGGUUGAAGAUAUGGAGGUGGGAAGGAGUCUCCUGAGCAACCCAUCCAGCGAGGAGCUGCUGGGUGAGGGGAAGGGGAGCGACCCCUUCAGCUGGCGCAUCCCCACCCUCAACUACGAGAGGAGAACCAACGUGGACUUCGAUGACUUCCUGCCGGCCAUCCGCAAGUGCCGCUCCACCAGCAGCCUGGCCAAGCCCGGCCGGGACAGACGGGACGGGCACCGGCCCCUCACCGUCCGCUUCCAGGACGAGGCCAUAGCGGGCAGCUCGGUGUCCUCCGGCAUGAAAGGCACGGCCAAAGGCAGCCCGACCGCCCGGCAGGACCCUGGGGACGUCUCCGACUCGUCCUCAUCCUCCGACUCUUUCGUCUCCUCUCGCAGCAACGACAGCAUCAAGCGCCGGCCGCAGCCCCAGCGAGGGGACGGGGAGGGGAGCAGCGGCAAGGGCAGCGGCCAGGGAGGCAGUGCCAGCCGCCGGGCAGAGGCAGAAGGGAAGGAGGACGAUGUCACCAGCAUCAUGAAGAAGUACCUGGGACAAGACUGAGGCAGCACCGUUUGCAGAAGGAGGUGUCCCACUUGCUCCAGCCUUUGCCUGAAGGAUCAGCAGCCACCUGCCGUUGCUGCCUGCUCCUCUAGAAGAGCAUCCGGUAGGAAACACUUCACUUAGAGACUGCUGGUGCCAUGCCCCCCCAAAACAGCCCCCCUCAACAGCUGUGGGGUGGUUUUGCAGAUGAUGAGACUGGUUUAUGUUGUUAGACACGCUGUGGUUUCUCGAUGCUCCUGCCCUUUUCCCCUCCCCGCCAGCCGCGGGGACGAGAGACUUUCCUGUUCUCCUGCAGUUGGUUGACUCAGGAGUUGGUGCUUUCAUUCAAAGCCAGCAGCUGCCUCAGUGCCUGACAACACAACGUGCUCUGAAGAGCUGGAGGAACACCAAACCCUUUCCUUUUUAACCCAGACAGGGCUGCCCAGAUGUCCCAUGCCAUGCAGCGUCGCUCAGAGCUCACAGAGUCACACAGAGCGGCAGGGGUUGGAAGGGACCUCUGGAGCUCAGCCAGUCCAACCCCUCCAUGCCAAGGCAGGGCCACCUAGAGAAGGUCACACAAGAACACAUCCAGGCAGGUUUGGAAGGUCUCCAAAGAUGGAGGCUCCAUCGCCUCUCUGGGCAGCCUGCUCCAGGGCUCCCUCACCUUUCAAUUCAGGGAGUUCCUCCUCGUGUUCAGGUGGAACUUCUGAUGUUCAGUCUGUGCCUGUUGCCCCUUGUCCUGUCUCUGGGCACCACUGCAAAAAGCCUGGUGCCAUCCUCCUGACACUCACCCGUGAAGUAUUGAUCAGCACUGAUCAGAUCCCACUCAGUCUGCUCUUUCCAGACUAAACAGCCCCAAUUCCCUCAGCCUUUCCUCCUCACAGAGAUGUUCUCUCAGCCCUUUGCCAUUCCUCCUCCAGCAAGUCUCUGUCCUUCUUGAACUGGGGGUCCCAGAACUGGACACAGUACACCAGAUGUGGCCUCACUGGGGCAGAGAAGAGGGGGAGGAGAAUCUCCUUUGACCUGCUUGCUCAAGAGUGCAUUUGGGUCUUGCUGUGGCACCCACAGCAGCAGAGCCUAAGGAGCUGGUAUAAUACCUGGAGAUAGAUCCAUAGGUGGCUUCGUGACUCCUGCCUCCUUGGGACACCUGGGCCUGUCCUGCUGUCACACUGUGGUGCAUGUGGAGCUGGGGGGGGCGCUGUGUUUGAGCAGCUGCUUGGGGUUUACACAAUAAAACGUUUGCUUCUUUGCCAGGAGCCUGCCCUCAUCUUUCCUCCCCCAGCAGCAAGAGCGGCUCAGUGGCAGUGGCACA